CGUCUAGACUCGCCACGGCCGAGCGCGCACCGGAAGAGGCGUCCGGCGGGCCGGAAGUGGGCCGGGAGGCGGGCGGCCCCGCAGGCGAGAUGAAGCCGGCGGUCGACGAGAUGUUCCCGGAGGGCGCCGGGCCGUACGUGGACCUGGACGAGGCCGGAGGCAGCACGGGGCUCCUGAUGGACUUGGCAGCCAACGAGAAGGCAGUUCACGCAGACUUUUUUAAUGAUUUUGAAGAUCUGUUUGAUGAUGAUGAUAUCCAGUGAGACGCCGUCCAACGGUGCGUGUGGUCAUGUGUGUUACGAGGUGGUGUGGCGGAGUUCCUCAGAGGACAAUUUCAGAUGGUCCUAAAGAACUCGUGGAUGUUACUUGAAAUUAGGAGAUGGUUAACCAAGAAAGAGAAGGAUGGUUUUAACUAUCUGCAUGAGGCCCGCUUAUCUCUGAAUGUGAACAAUUUUUGUCCUUCAAUUAAAAAGCGAUGCCAUCA